CCAACAAAAACAGCAAGAACAACAACAAAAUGUCGGAGAACAGCGACAACAAUGGUGACCAGCAAAGCCAGGGCCAGGGGGCGGAGGGGGAGGCGCAGGGCGAGAACAAAAUGAAGUCGCGUCUGCGCAAAGGAGCCUUGAAGAAGAAGAAUGUGUUCAACGUGAAGGAUCAUUGCUUCAUCGCCCGUUUCUUCAAACAGCCCACAUUCUGUUCCCACUGCAAGGACUUUAUCUGCGGCUAUCAAUCGGGAUAUGCAUGGAUGGGUUUCGGCAAACAGGGAUUCCAGUGUCAAGUCUGCUCGUAUGUGGUGCACAAGCGUUGUCAUGAAUACGUCACCUUCAUCUGCCCCGGCAAGGAUAAGGGAAUUGAUUCCGACUCACCAAAAACUCAGCACCAUUUCGAACCAUUCACAUACGCAGGACCCACGUUCUGUGAUCAUUGUGGUUCUCUACUCUAUGGCAUAUACCAUCAGGGUCUCAAAUGUUCAGCAUGCGAUAUGAACGUUCAUGCCCGAUGCAAGGAGAACGUGCCCAGUUUGUGCGGCUGCGAUCACACGGAGCGACGUGGACGCAUCUAUCUCGAGAUAAAUGUCAAAGAGAAUCUACUCACCGUUCACAUCAAAGAGGGUCGCAAUUUAAUUCCCAUGGAUCCCAAUGGCUUGAGCGAUCCGUAUGUGAAGGUCAAACUGAUACCCGAUGACAAGGAUCAGUCCAAGAAGAAGACGCGCACCAUUAAGGCGUGCCUGAAUCCCAUGUGGAACGAGACACUUAGCUACGAUCUGAAGCCAGAGGAUAAGGAUCGACGCAUAUUGAUUGAGGUUUGGGAUUGGGAUCGCACUUCGCGGAAUGAUUUCAUGGGCGCUUUAUCGUUUGGCAUAUCGGAGAUUAUCAAGAAUCCUACAAAUGGUUGGUUCAAGCUGCUCACCCAGGACGAGGGUGAAUAUUAUAAUGUACCGUGUGCGGAUGAUCAGCAGGAUUUGCUCAAACUAAAGCAGAAGCCCUCACAAAAGAAGCAGCCAAUGAUGCGCUGCGACACUCACACACAUUCACAGUCCAAAAAGGAUAUGAUUCGAGCCACAGACUUCAAUUUCAUUAAAGUGCUGGGCAAGGGCUCCUUUGGCAAGGUGUUGUUGGCGGAGCGCAAGGGCAGCGAGGAGCUGUAUGCGAUUAAGAUUCUCAAGAAGGAUGUGAUUAUACAGGACGAUGAUGUCGAGUGCACCAUGAUUGAGAAGCGUGUCCUGGCACUGGGCGAGAAGCCACCGUUCCUUGUCCAGCUGCAUUCCUGUUUCCAAACCUUGGACCGUCUGUUUUUUGUCAUGGAGUAUGUGAACGGCGGCGAUUUAAUGUUUCAAAUACAACAAUUUGGCAAGUUCAAGGAGCCAGUUGCCGUCUUCUAUGCUGCAGAAAUAGCAGCCGGUCUCUUCUUUCUGCACACCAAGGGCAUUUUGUAUCGCGAUCUGAAGCUGGACAAUGUCCUGCUGGAUGCCGAUGGACAUGUGAAAAUCGCUGAUUUUGGCAUGUGCAAAGAGAACAUUGUGGGCGAGAAGACGACCAAAACAUUCUGUGGCACACCCGACUACAUAGCGCCAGAGAUAAUACUCUAUCAGCCGUAUUGCAAGUCUGUGGAUUGGUGGGCCUAUGGAGUGCUGCUCUACGAGAUGCUGGUCGGUCAGCCGCCGUUCGAUGGCGAGGAUGAGGAGGAGCUGUUUGCUGCGAUAACCGAUCACAAUGUAUCCUACCCCAAGAGUCUCAGCAAGGAGGCCAAAGAGGCGUGCAAGGGCUUUUUGACCAAGCAGCCCAGCAAACGAUUGGGUUGUGGCAACACUGGUGAGGAGGAUGUGCGUCUGCAUCCAUUUUUCCGGCGCAUCGACUGGGAGAAAAUUGAGAAUCGCGAGGUGCAGCCCCCAUUCAAGCCGAAAAUUAAACACCGCAAGGAUGUGUCCAAUUUCGAUAAGCAAUUCACAUCAGAGAAAACAGACUUGACGCCCACGGAUAAAGUAUUUAUGAUGAAUCUGGAUCAAUCGGAAUUUGUUGGCUUCUCCUACGUGAAUUCCGAAUACAUUGUGAGCCCAUAAGCAGCUAGCUAAAAGUUGAUAGAAACAACAACAAAAUAAUACACCGUAAACGGAUUAAUGGAACCACCCAGAGAGUUGUGUCAUCAGUUGAUAUUAAUUGUUAUUUAAAAGACAUCAUUUGUUUUCAUUUCAUUUGUAUUCAUAAUUGUUAUGCUAAGCAAAAGCAAUAAUUUUGUGUGUUGUCUUAAGUUGUUUAUUUAUUGCUUAGUUAAAUCUUUGACUAAUUGUUAGGCACUCAUGAGUAUUCUAAGUUAACAUUCACAACACAUAUAUAUACAUAUUCGUUUAGCUGUAUAAUCAUUGUUGAUCAAACUGCAACUCGAAACCAAAAACAAAAAAAAAAAAAAGUAACAAAUCAUGUGCAAUAAAAACUAUAUUUAAUUUAACUACCGUUACCCAUACGCUUUUCUCUGCUCGAAAAAGACAAUACUGCAUCAACUUUCUCGCAGUCACAUUUUCAUAUUUCAAUUUUCCUGAGACGAAAGUGCUCCCUUUUCAAAAGUUUCUUAAAUUUAGUAAAGUAUUAAAGUUGAGCUAAAUUUUUUCAAAUAUAUUUAAAUAUGGUAUAUAUAAUGGUUAAUCAAACGUCUUAUUAGCAAGCAUCUGGAUGUUAACACACCACAAAUUAACACACA